AAAAGUCUGAAAAUGUACUUGCAGAACUGCAUAUUACUGUUCAGCAGAAUCUUCCAAACCCAACUUGUAAAAGAAAUAAACAUAUAAACACGCUUUCUUCAUUGCUCGGCGUUCUAAACCAAUCCCUAAAUUGAGAAAUCAUCGUCCCGAGUCUCGCAAUCUCCGCCAUUGGGUUCCGUGUUUUUGUCUGUAGUUUUAGUCUGAUCCACCUCUCUGUCAUCACAAGACUCUCUCCCCUGUCUGCGUUUGUAUGUAUUCCCCCCCCUUUUACUGGAUAUUGUGAGAUUGUGGUUCAGUUAAAGGCAGGAAGGAUUCCUCCACUGAGAAGGAAAAAUGGAAUUGGGAACCUCAGAGUCAUCAUAUCCAGGUUCAGGGAACUGGGAGAUCCCAAUUGAUCUGUUCGGUUCCAAAAAGCAUGCCGGAGUCCCUCGUGGUGUUCUAGCAUUUGCAGAUGAGUCUGAUAACGUAGUCUUCAGGGUGAACCGCCACCCACCCAAUCCUAACUCAUCGCCCCUUCCCAAGGACAAGAAAGUAUUGCUGGAUGCCUCAGGCCAUACCCUCUUCUCCAUCUACAGCUAUCAUAAUGGGUCUUGGAAGUGCUAUAAGGGAGACAGUGAUGGGAAUAGGGAGCUGGUGUUUAGAGUGCAGAGGACCCUCAAAACAUUUACUAGAGUUGAGUUAGAGGUACUUUUUGAGAGUGGAAGAUCCAAUGAUGAAGUUUGUGAUUGGAAAGUGAAGGGUUCACCUUUUCAGAGAUCAUGCUGCAUCUAUAAAGAUGCUGACUUGGUUGCACAGAGUAGCCUGAUGUACAAGCUCCACCAAAUAUUUGUCAGUAGGGGAAAAUUUCGUCUAACAAUCUUUCCGGGGACUAUUGAUCAUGCUCUAAUCGUGGCUAUGUUUGUAAUAUUUUUAAGUGGAAGAAAGUAGUGUCAUUGACCCAAAUGAAACUGCAAGGAGAAAAAAUGGUUUUGAUUAAUGUGUCUUUGAUGAUCUUUCUGUCUCACUCAUACACAUUUAUUUUUCUCAUAACAUCGGUUCAUCCAUUGACUAAUAAGGGGAACAAAUGGGAUAUUGUUCUUUAUAGGAAGCAAUGUUUUAUUUAAACCGUGCUAGAUCCUAUCCCCAGAAACAUUUUCAUUGUUAUUGAACUGGGCAACUCAUGAAUGAUUUGUCAUUUAUCCCUAUUGGAUAAUACUUUUAUUUCACCUAUCUUCAUUCUCACCAUUCAUUUGGAACGUAGCCAGUAUGUAUGAAAAUAUAGAUAUAGAUUUGGAGGAAGCAUCCACAUUUAGAAUACAGAUCCAACCAGAGAGAACCAGAGACUGGUCAAACAAAAUAUCUGUACUGAAAUUUGAUUCAGCAAUCAAUGUAUUUAUUUAGUGAAAUUGGACACAUUUGGAUCGACUAUUAUGCUAGUAUCGUUCUGUUGUAUUUGACCUGUGUUUUUGUUCUCAAAAGUCAAGUAAAUGUAGUCUUCGUAA